AUGUGCAAACGCGACACCACAUCGGCGCAAGUUAGGCCGGCCUUGCUAGUGAGCAGAUCAAGUUUCUCAAUGUGGAGGCCUCGUUUCCGGGACGCUCAGAAGUUCGUGGAUGGCGAGGCAAGCAUUAUGGUGGCCACGGAGUUUGGCGGUCGAGGCAUCGACUGGCACCAGGUGGAUCAUGUCAUCAAUUUCCAGAUGCCGACAGGUGCAGUCUGCUGGCUUCACCGUGUCGGCCGCACAGGUCGGAUGGGCCAGGGAGGCCGUGUCACAAACUUCAUCGGAAGCAAGGACCAGGUCUUGUCGAAGCUCAUUCGAGAUCAACUGCAGGCUGGUGAGGACUUGCACACCCUGUUUUCGAGAAAGAGAUCGUU